CUUGGCUCACUCGCCUUCUCCAAUCCGUUUUUCUUCGUUGCGAUUCUCUGAUUGUGUGUCCGAGUCAAUGAGUGCGAAAUACACGUAUUCAAAAUCCACUCUAGUGUUUGGCUUAUUUUGUUCCAUUAGUCUCUAACGUGAGUUAAGUCGAUAAUUGUAUAUGAAGGUUGGUGGCAUGUAUGUUUCGACAAUAAUCAGCAUACGAUAUAACUGGAGUCAGAUAUCACAUACUUAGACCUCACCACUUCAUCCUCCAUACUAAACGUCUGGACUCACGACCAGGGAUAGGAAUCUGUACUUCAAUAAUGAUUAGAAGCGCAGGGAAAGAUAAUAGUCAACUUGGUUCAGGUGGAGCAGACUGUUUAGUUAUAUUAUGGGAUGUUUCUACAGGACAAUCUGUUCGUCGAUGGCGUCGUCAUGCUGGUCGUGUGAAUUCUGUUUUAUUCAUUGCACCGUUCCAUAAUUCCGAUUCAUUAGACCCUAGUCCAAUUUUAUUGUCUACUGGUGUAGAUGGGAUGGUCCUAGUUUGGGAUGCCAGAGCACGUACUCCUUAUCCAGUUCAGACUAUCCAUGAGGCACGUGAUAGUGUCACAUGUUGUGCAUUUCGUCGACAUCAAAUUGUUACUGGUUCUGUUGAUCGAUGUGUUCGGAUUUAUGAUAUUCGACGAGGUGAAAUGACUGAAGACUAUGUUGGAUACCCAGUUACAUCAGUUUCAAUUACCAUAGAUUGUCAAUGCUUUUUAGUUGGUACACAAGAUUCAACUUUACGUUUAUUCGACGCGUUAACCGGUGAACUUCUUAACAGAUACACAGGACAUACUAAUCAAACAUACAAAAUGGAUAGUGCUCUGAUGAAUUUAGAUCGUCAUAUAAUCAGUGGUUCAGAAAAAGAUGGUCUUGUUUUUGUAUGGGAUUUCAUACGUUCGGAUGCACCGAUUCAUACACUAGAUCAUCAACCUGGCGGCAAUGCAUGGGGUGUUUUAUCUCCACACAACCCAGAAUCAGUUAGUGAAUUGAUAAUUGAAACGGCUAAAUCAGUAAAUUUUAUGAUUCAUUCAGUGUCACCACAUCCUAAACAAAGUAAACUGCUUACAGCAGGUGGUGAUUUUGUUUGGUUGUGGGACGCUGAACCUAAAGAUAUUGAAGAAAGUGAAUAA